AUGCUCUACCUCUCAUUCGCGGCCUUGGGUCUGACCUUCUUCAGCCUCAAUGCGGCUGCUGUGCCUUUGGCGUCACCUGCCAUCGCAUCUAUUAUGGCCAAUCUGCCUGCAGAACAUGCAGCAGGCUUAGCAUCACUGAUGGCUCGCGGAAACAAUCCUCCUACCUUCAACUCCUCGAUAGACGUACUCCAAAACAGCUCCAUGAGCGCCAUCAUCGAUUCGUACAUCGCCAACCUCGAGCAGGCCGGGUUCGUCCCCAACGCAAACGCCACGAUCUCGAAGCGCGAUGCCCUUAGCCUUGACUCGCUUGUCGAGAAGCGAUCUGUUCCCAGCAUCCCCCUUGUCAUCAACUUGCUCGAGCAGCAUGGCUUUGUCCCGGUCAGUGCGACCGACGGCACAGCCUCGAAGCGCGAUGCUUCCGGUUUCGAAUCAGCCUUGGAAAAGCGUACCUUGCCGGACAUCAACCUGGUCAUCAGCAGACUGGAAGCACACGGCUUCGUUCCCUCGGGUAACAGUUCCCAGUCGAGCAUCUCCAAGCGAAAUAAUGCCAGCGACAUCAACACCGUCAUCAGCCAGCUUGAAGCCUAUGGGUUCAACCCCAACGACUUCAUGCGAGGCAACUUUUCCGCAUCAGCAAACAGUACCACUUCUUUUCCAAAGCGCGCUGCGCACAUGUCCCUCAAGGAAGCCUCUUGA